AUGACAACCCCUCUAGCUACUUCCGGCCUCGACCUCUUUCGUCUGAACAACGUACUCCGGCUUCUAGUUCAGGAUCCUCUCGGCUUUCUCAAAUACGGCGAUGCAGUACACGAAAUCCUUAUUGAUAGGGAUGGCAGAACAGGGGGUAUCUUCUUUGGUCGCUCGUUCAUAGACCCGACUCAUAAGCAGUAUUUCCGCGUUUCCGAAAACGGUGACGCAAUAACUCUCAUUCCUCUCUCUAAAUUGGAUCACAUACUGAAACUGCCAGAAAAUAUCAGAAGCGAGAUAAUCAAGCACGUCACACAACGCGGAAAAACCAUAACCUUCGACUUGGAUAAGGGGACAUGUGAGGACGGGGAUCUGGUUCUGGCUUCCGUGUGUCGGAAACUUAGAGAGGAGAGCUUCAUUCAACUCCAGUUAACCAACAAGUGGAUGGUCAAAAUGGCUUCCAAGGACAAACGUACCAUCUUUGACGACUUUCGCAAACUGGAGAAAUUUUGGUGCAUUGGCAGAUCGGCACAGUUUCCUUGGCGCGGCAGGGAAAUACAUACACUUCAACACUUCGACUGUUUGCUUGAAGUAGAAGCGGCGACUACUCCAGAGAAUCUCCGUAUCAACAUCACCGACUUUCUUCGUAUCACCUCUACUAUAGGAAACAAGAAAGGAAAUCUUACUAUAUCUGCGACACGCGGCCAGGACGUCGCCCCAUCGAAGACCUCCACAUCCUUCGAGGAACUACGCUGGUACGUCCUAAUAGCUCUAACAGAGUUCAUCCGCAAGUAUCCAGAUGCCAAUCACAGGCCCUGCCCCAACAUCUGGCUCAAUGGUCUCGGCAAAGUUGUUGAUAUCGAGAGCGCAGACACGACGAUGAAUCCUCAAACGUACAUACAAAAGUACACACCCUGGAGCACACAUCGCCGUACCAUCUUCCGAGAAUAUGGCCUUUCACUCAAAGGGCAUAAGUACUGGCACGAUAUGGAUGGCUACAACCCGCCUGCCGAGGCUUUCGACGGCUCUGCACGCUUUUAUAUCGGGCUGUUGACGGUGGCGAAGGUUGAGAGCCAAGAGAACAUUCACUUUUUGUCAACGCUCGUAUGUGCCCUCCUCCACUCGUAUCACAGCUACGGAUCGUACAUGGUGCCUGAUUAG